AUGCGGAUCAGUUCGCUUGCAGCUCUGCUGGCAGCGGCUCUGCUUCCGCUGCUCCCUCCUGCUCUCUGCGCAAGCGACUCGGAGACCGAGUCAGACGGGUCAGAUCUAUCGCUUCGACUCGGACCCGGACGAAGCUCAGAGCCUCAAGAUGCUGCCCUGGUUGGCAGUCCUGCAAGUGUAGCACCAGGCACUCUACGUUUCCGUGGAGGUCUCACGCAACACGAGCUGACGCAGCUGGGACACAUUCCCGCGCCGGCCUCUUCGUACGAAUCUCGAAUGCUUGGUCAAGUUCAGCAAGGCGCGGCACGGAGCGAGGCGAGUUCGAGCAGGCCUGCUGUUGCCACAGAGGACGCUCUCCGCCCCAUGGAGUUCCGAUUCGCUCCAAUGAGCUGGAAAAGGUACGUUAACGAGUAUCUCAACCAGCCCGUACCUCCUUUCGUCGCCGAUGGUCGGAUUCAUCCGCAGCAUGCAAUCAACUUCCAAAAUCGGAUCGCCCUCCUCAGCCGCGCGAAGAGGGAGUUUGUGAAAAAGUACAGGGCGCUGUACAAGACUGAGCAUCCUAUUGCGCCAAAAGUGCGAUUCCGCAACUGGUCCAAACUGGUAAAUCGCCUUUCCCCCGAUGGAGCGAGCAUCGCAUCGACGUACGGCAUUCAGAUGAAUGCCGAGGGUGACUUGUCUCGCAUGAGGCGCAUCGAGGGGGCUCUUCGAGCCGCCAUUCAAUGA